AUGGGAGCUCAGAAUGAAUCGAAUAAGAUUUGGUUUUUCUGGAACUCGGGGACUAAUGUUACUAUUAUUGUUGAUCACCCCCAGUUUCUUCACGUUAAAGUUGAGGACCCCAAAAUAGCUCGUCCCAUCUAUUUUACUCCAGUUUAUGCUUCUUGUGAUGCGUCUAUCAGGAGGGAUUUGUGGGCGGGUCUUCACCACAUCUCCCUCGAUAUGGAUGACCCUUGGAUAGUUGGGGGAGACUUUAACGUUAUUACUCAUGAUGGAGAGCGCACAGGUCAUAAUACCCAUGAUCGAGACACUACAGCUUUUUCUAAUAUGAUGUUGGACAGUGGUUUAGAGGAUGCAGGUUUCCUUGGUCAUCGAUACACUUGGACCAAUGGUCGGGUCAGGAAGAGAUUGGAUAGAGUACUCAUUAAUUCUUCAGCUGCAGCACUUUGUCUACAGCUUACAGUGAAGCACUUGAACAGGACUUCAUCUAAUCAUUCACCUUUAUUACUUCAGUGGACUUCUGAUGAUGACUUGGGGCCUAGGCCUUUCAGAUUCCUCAACGUUUGGACCAAGCAUCAUGAUUUUUUAGCAUUUGUCUCUCAGAAGUGGUCACUCCCCACUCAUCUUACGGGGAUGCGAGUGAGGGAUGCUGAGGACAGGGUUGAUGAGGCAGAGAUUGUAUUUGACAGUGACCCUACACCAGAACAUCGUGACAUACUGCAUCAGGUUCAGGCAGCUUUGAACCAGACUUUAUCUAUUGAGGAGGGCUUUUGGAAGCAAAGGGCUGGCUCACGUUGGGCAGGGGAAGUCUUAGCUACUCCUGCUGAUAUUCAGACCUCAGCUAUUGCUUUCUACCUGGAUCUCUUAUCUACUCCUCCACAACCUUUGGACCCCAUCCGUCUUGAUGUCAUUCCGAGGCUAUUGACAGAGGACGAUAAUUUGGCACUAAACCGCUCCCCUUUGAUUCAUGAGGAAGAUGUUUACAGGGCGGUAUUGGACUUCUUUGAUGGUGGUCAUCUUCCACGGGGUUUUGCUACUACUUCUAUUGUCUUGCUACCUAAGAAAAGUGGUUUCAUCCCAGGCCGUCUGAUUGGAGAUAAUGUUUUAUUGGCUCAGGAGCUUCUCUACAGUUUGGAUAAUAGAGAGGGAGGGGGAAAGACUAUGCUGAAGUUAGACAUGGCUAAAGCAUAUGAUCGCAUGGACUGGGGCUUCAUUUAUUUUGUAUUGGAGGCAUUUGGAUUUGAUCAGAUCUGGAUUGACAGAAUCAGGCAGUGCAUUUUGGAGUGUCGUUUCUCCGUACUCCUAAAUGGUUGCCCAUGUGGUUUCUUUCCCUCCUCACCAGGACUCAGAUAG